GCAGCAGCUAGAAGGGAACACCAGCGGAGGGCGUCGGCACAGUGCCUGCAUAUCUAUUCCUGGAAACUGAAGCAAUGCCCUGGAAGCUCUCCUCUGCAAGGUUAAUGUGUGGAGCAAUGUUCACUGUUUGAUCAGUCUGAAUACUCCCAAGCAUGGACAGAGACUUCCGUUACUAUUUCCAGCAUCCAUGGUCCCGCAUUGUAAUUGCUUACCUUGUGACGUUCCUUAACUUUUUAAUAUUUGCUGAGGAUCCUAUAUCUCACAGCCAAACUGAGGCCAAUGUGAUUGUUGUUGGGAACUGCUUUUCUUUCACGGUUACUAAAUACCCUGGUAUAGGUUGGGGUAUUUUGAAGGUGAUUCUCUGGCUGCUAGCAAUUGUCACUGGUCUGAUUGCUGGAAAGUUCUUGUUUCAUCAGCGUUUGUUUGGUUAUGUGCUUCGCUUAAAAAUGUUUAGGGAAGACCAUGGAUCAUGGAUGACCAUGUUUUUCAGCACUAUCCUUUUUCUGUUUUUUUUUUCACAUAUCUACAAUCUGUUUCUUCUUAUGGCAGGAGGCAUGAGCACAUAUAUUAUAAAUGAAUAUAUGGGUAUCAGAAACGAAAGCUUCAUGAAAGUAGCAGCAGUGGGAACUUGGAUGGGAGACUUUGUAACUGCAUGGAUGGAUAAGAUGUCACAUACUCCCAAGAGGUGGCUGCUUUGAAUGCAGGGCUCUCGUUGUUAUAUUAUUAGGAACAGUAGCUGCAUUUCCUUUUGCUAUAUUGGUAGGUAUAAGUAUAAGUAAGGAAUAGUAAUCUAUUAUUGUGUUGUGAAGUAUAUUGUUGUUUUAUAUACUGUUUAAUGUGAUAUUGAUCAUUGCAAUUUUCAAGAUGAUACAGAUAUCUACAUUUCACUUAAACAUUGGGAUUUUGGUGCUGAGAGGUGUUUUAGUGGGGUGUGAUUUCCUAUGGUAAUUACUUCUGUAAUGUCUUAUUUUUGUUAACAAUUCUAUGGGGUAUAUUUAUCAUGCUGUGUAAAAACAUUACCAUUGAUGUUGCUCAGAGCAGCCAAUCAGAUGCUUUGCUUUGGUUUUCUAGCUGUUGAACUCUAAUUGCUGAUUGGUUGCCCUGGGCAACAUCACCAGUAAUGCUUCACUCCACUUUUUACACAGCAUCAUAAAUAUAAUCCAGCUGUAUGCAGUGUGUGUACUUUACCACAUACCUAUUUACAGAUAUGCAUUGUAUCAAUAUUUAUAUGUAUCAAUAUUUAAUCCAGUGUGACAGUUUAAAGUAUAUCACCCAACUGUAGAUCAGAACCCAAAAACUGGUCCUCAUACUGUGCAGGGUAGUCCCCAUAAUCCCUUUGGUUAAUGUAAAGUUCCUUCUGCAGUGGAAAAUAGUAAAUAAAGCAGGGUGCAUAUAUGGUUGUAACUUAAUGAUUGGGCCACAAAGCUGAACCACUGACUUUUUAAGGUUAGGAAAAAAAGCUGUUGGUUAUACAGGUAUGGGACCUGUUAUCCAGAAUGCUUAGUGGGUUCCUGGGGUUUUCUGGAUUAGGGAUCUUUGCGUAAUUUGGAUCUCUAUACCUUAAGUCUGCUAAAAAAUCAUUUAAACAUUUUUAAAUAAACCCAAUGAGAUUGUUUUACCACCAAUAAGGAUUAAGUAUAUCUUAGGACAAAGUAGAAGGUAUUGUUUAAUUAUUACAGAGAAAAAGGAAAUAUUUUUUAAAAAUGUGAAUUAUUACCUUAAAAUAGAGUCUAUUGGAGAUGGCCUUUCCAUAAUUCAGAACUUUCUGGAUAACGGGUGCCAUACCUGUACUUCAAACAGAAUAGGAAAAGAAAAUUAAUGUUAAUGUUUUUUGAAAAAUCUGUAGUCAGAAUGUACUUUGGGCACAUCUCCCCCACCCAAAGCACACAAUUUGUAUUGCACGUAUCUCCUCCGUAUAUCACAUUUUCCUAAAACGAAUAGCAACUUUCACCUGCUGGCUAUUUUCCCUCUCUCACUUUAGUGACAUUUACAUUUGCAAACAGCACAUGCGUGCUGUAAAAUUUAUGCAGUGAAGAAUGCAGUCUUACACGGGCAAAACUUACUUUGAUAAAAGGUCCUGAUUGGAUUAUGUGCUCUAAUGUUUAAACUGAGCUUAGGACAGGAGGUUAAGAGAAAAAACAAGUUUCUCCAGCAGAGUGCACAGCUAGAGCAGAGUAUCAGUGGAAACCAGCAGUUCCGACUCUUCAUUGGCUGCUAGACUGAAGGGUGUGUUUAGCAUCCUGAGUUGAAAAGAACUGAGCAUGCCCAGUUAGCCAAGAGCCAAAGUAAAUUGCUAAAGGAGGGGCCAAGUGGGCUACAGGUGGAAAAAGGAUACCUAAGCAAUUAAGGGGAUGCUGCAGCCUUACUAUAAGAAGUGGCAGUAUCAGUGACUUUAAAGAGGCUGUUAACUGAUUACAUUUUUUGUUGGGGGUUUACAUGUCCUUUAGUAGAAUGCCAGACAAAUGGUUAUUGUAUUAACUUUUGCAAUUCUACAUGCAAUGUCUACAUGCAUAGACAACUUGACUGGAGAGCUAAGAUACAUAUCAGUGGAUUGUUCUUGAGUUGUUAUUCCACAAGUCUCUGUUACAACCCUUUCUAUUAGAAUUAAAUCUUACCACUUUAAAUUUAACAUUAUGAGAAAGUGUAUAUUAAAUUCCUUUUUAAGGAUUUAGCUUUCAUACCCCAUUAAUAUUGCUUCUUUCAUAUGAUUUUUUACUGAUUAAACUAUUAUUAUAAUUAUUAUUAACAGAUGUAUAGAGCUAGCCUUGAUAUGACAGCCAAAAGCGAGGAAACUUUGUUGUGUCAUCUGAGAUGAGCUGAGCAUCUGUACUUCUUGAUGUCUGAUAAUAUUAGUGAUAUUGCUGAGAAAAAAAUUAAAAUGUUUAUUUCAAGGAAACAAAAAAUAAUGUGCAAAACAGUGUUGAUGGGAUGCCAUAGCUCCUAAGCAGCAUGUUUAAUGGACAAGUGCAUUUCUGUGGCUUGGGAAUUAACGCUUCUUUCCUUUAAUGUGUCUGAUAAAGAUUUUAUUAACAAAUGGAGUGAUAUAUUACAACACUGUUCCCUGGAGCUGAUUCAAUUACUUCUCAAAGAUGCUUUUUGUGAAUGCUUAUUUAGAGGAGAACAUUUACAUAAUGCAAUAUUGUGACAUUUAAGAAUUUUUAUUUGUAAAUUUACAAACCUGGAAACAAGUAAAUAAAGCAUGGUUUGUGACCCUUUUGUUCUACUUUA